UCUUCUUCCGUUUCCUCUUCUUCAAUCCUUUUGUUUUUGUUUCUUGCAUUCUUCCAUCUCUUCAGGUUUCUGAUUAAUCGGAAAAAUAUAUUUUCCUUGAUUGUUUCCUGUUUUAUCGGGAUGAUUUUUUUAUUGACUUAAUUUGAAAUUAUUUUUCCAUCAAUUUCAAUGUGAUCUGGGUCUAUUCUAUUCUUGGGUUUAACAUGUUAUGUUUCAUGGGUUUUGCUGAUUCAAAUAAUCAUUAUAAUAUUUUUGUUUCACUAUGCUAUGAAUGAUGAUAAAAAAUCUAUGAAGAUGGAUAAGUAUCCGAGAGAUCUGCUUGAGAGAUUCUUUGUAUCGACGACAACAACAACAACGAUAACACAGACACAACAAAUCCAGAACACACAGCAUCAUCAACAUCAAUAUCGUCAAUAUCUUCGUGAGAAUCAAGAAGAGGAAGAUGAAGAAGAAGAAGAAGAUGAAGGGAUUGAGUUGAACCUUGGUCUUUCAUUAGGUGGUAGAUUUGGUGUUGACAAACAUGCAAACAAUAAGAAGCUUACACGAUCUUCUUCAGUGGUUGGAACAAUGCCUUUGCUCCGGGAAGAUAUUGCCGCGGCCGCCGGAGUGGCUUCACCCACUCCGGCGUAUCCGACACUUAUCAGAUCAUCGUCGUUGCCAACAGAGACGGAGGAAGAGUGGCGGAAGAGGAAGGAGUUACAGACGUUGCGGCGGAUGGAGGCUAAGAGACGGAGGUCGGAGAAGCAGAGAGUUUCCAAGUCGGACAAAGAUUCCACCUCCACCGCCGCAGGAGCUACCGGUGGUGGUGGUUCGGAGGAAAUUGAAGGUUCAGGUGUAACAAUGGGGUUGAAUAGGUCAACGGUUGGUGCUGCACCACCACCUUUUAAUUGGGCUAAUGCAACAACAAAGCAAGUUGUUCUUGGUGAUGUUUUAGGAAAAGGGAAAAUUGGGGUUGGUUUUCAAGGAUUGUUUACACAACCAUCUUCGCAAGGUUCAGUAGAUUCACAAGGUGGAAGUUCUUCAUCAUUGUCUGAAAUGGAUAGCAAGCCUUUUCUAGGAUCAAGCAGUUGUGGUGAAAUAAGAAGCCCAGCUAGUAAUCAAUCCUUACAGGAAAGAAGCAGCCAGGACGCCGUUGGCUCAUCAGGAGGCCCAAAGACAAAUGAGAAUUUGACAAGAACAACUUCAAGAACCGAGGUAAUGGAAAAUGCAUCUAAGAGACCCUAUCAAACCCAAAAUAUUGGGAAGGAGAUUGGAACAAAUUCAGUGGAAGACAUGCCUUGUGUAUUUACAAAAGGGGAUGGUCCUAACGGAAGAAGAAUUGAGGGAAUCUUGUACAAAUAUGGCAAAGGGGAAGAAGUGAGGAUAAUGUGUGUGUGCCAUGGAAACUUUCUGUCUCCAGCUGAGUUUGUUAAGCAUGCUGGUGGUGGAGAUGUUGCACACCCUCUUAGACAUAUUGUUGUUAACCCUUCUGCUGCUCCCUUUUUGUGAUGAUGGGAGUCCCUUCAACUAUAGGGCUGUGUAAUAUAUUCAUUGUUGAAGAGAAGGAAUAUGUUAAUUAGUUUCAUAGUUUCUUUAGUAUGUGUACCUCCAUUUUGUUUUUUUGGCAAAGAUCUUGAGGUUUAAUUAAACAAUAUUAUAGAGUUAAUUGAUUCCCUUCUGGAAUGGAAUGUUUGAUAAGGUUCAUCCCUUUAAAAAAUUUAUCCACCAUAGCAAGAUUUAUCUCUUGAAAA